GACUUUACCGAGUUGGGAAUUAGCUGCAACCUUCAACAUGCCGUCUAAACCUGCCCCGAUCAAGAAGGCGGCAAAGAAAGAACCUGCCAAGAAGGAGGAGAAGGCUCCCGAGCCCGAGCCGGCUCCCGAGCCCGCCCCUGAGCCCGCUCCAGUCGAGGCCGCUCCAGUCGAAGCUGCACCUGCUGAAGUGGCUCCUCCUGCCGAGGGAGAGGCCCCUCCAGCUGAGGAGGGCGCCGCUCCCGCAGAUGGUGAAGCUGCUGAGCCACCUCCACCAGAAGAGGUUAAACCACCCACACCUCCACCACCUCCACCCAAAGAGCCCACAAGUGCUCCUGUGGAGCUGUUUGUUGAGGACAAAAAUGACACUUCAGUUACCAUCAUGUGGAGCCAGCCGGAGACAGUCGGGCCAGACGGUCUGGAUGGAUACACCAUUGAAAUCUGCAAGGACGGAACUGAGGACUGGAAAGCAAUCAAUGAGGAUCUGCAGAAGUCCUGCCGCUACAAUAUCAAGAACCAGACCACCGGUGACCGUCUGAAGAUCCGUGUGGUGGCUGUUAACCCCGGCGGCCGCAGCCCUCCAUGUGCACUCCCCGAGGCUGUCCUGGUGAAAGAGGUUGCUGAUCGUCCCAAAGUUCGCCUGCCUCGUUUCCUCAGACAGAGAUACGUCGCUCAUGUUGGAGAGAAGAUCAACCUGACCAUCCCCUUCACAGGCAAACCCAAACCCGUGGUCACCUGGACAAAGAACGGAGAGCCCCUGGACAAAAAGAGGGUGAACGUCCGCAGCACCGAAAGAGACAGCAUCCUGUUUAUCCGUGCAUCUGAGAGAGACGACUCUGGAGAGUAUGAGAUGUGUGUGAAGGUUGAUGACUUUGAGGACAAGUCUUCACUCGUCCUUCAAAUUGUUGAGCUGCCUGGGCCCCCUGCCAGUGUAAAAGUUGCGGAUGUAUGGGGCUUCAAUGUUGCUCUGGAGUGGACUGCACCCAAAGACAAUGGAAACACAGACAUUACAGGUUACACAAUCCAGAAGGCCGACAAAAAGACUGGCGACUGGUACACUGUGUUGGAGAAUUACCAUAGACUUAAUGCCACUAUCUCUGACCUCAUCAUGGGCAACACCUACAAGUUCAGAGUGUUUUCUGAAAACAAGUGUGGAAUUAGUGAGGACGCUGCUGUCACAAAGGAGGAAGCCACCAUCGUGAAAGAGGGUAUUGAAUACAAGCCUACUGAGUUCAAGGAGCACGACUUCACCGAGCCGCCCAAAUUCACCACUAAUCUGACUGACAGAAGCACCACUGUCGGCUACAGCACCAAGCUGCUGUGCUCUGUCAGAGGACUACCAAAACCCAAGAUCAUAUGGAUGAAGAAUCAGAUGAUUAUUGGAGACGAUCCCAAGUACAGGCAGAUCUGCGUCCAGGGUAUCUGCUCUCUGGAAAUCCGUAAACCCGGUAACUUUGACGGAGGUGUGUACGCCUGCAGAGCCAAGAACGAUCACGGAGAAGUAACUAUCAGCUGCAAGCUGGAGGUUAAACAGCCAGCUGUUGCAGACGCAGACAAGGCAGAAAAGGAAUAGAUCAUCAUUCUCACAGUAGCAGAAGGAAUGAGGCCUUUACAGCAUAAGGAAGGUGCUGGAUUCCUGGAGGAACAUGUAUAUAUGGCUGGUGACCAUACUUCCAAAUUGUUGUUGCCUGUGACCUCUUGCUGGGAAUUAUGAUGAACAAUUUUUGUUGUUUGAUGCCUUUUUCUUCACUGCAUUAUUCAGUCUAUAUCCAUGUCCACAAACAGCUUUUUCCCCAACUACUGUCCAUAAUAUCCAAAUGAUCAGAUCUGCCAAUUACUGAACCUCCCUAGUUUUUCAGUCAAACUGGGAGCAUUUUACAGCAUGAAGGAGAACUACAUGUAACUUCUACGUGUUUAUACCAAUAAAUCAUUUAAUUUCUG